AUGUCUUCCAAAGACGACUCUUCGUCGCAGACAGCCGCUCACAACGAUGCUCGUGGAGAGCUGACGGCCCAGGUCGAGGACCUCCUGGGCACCCUUUCUAAUAAGUUUGCUACUGUGUCCAGCGAGAUCUUCGCGAAGAUGGAUGAAAUGUCUCGACGACUGGAUAACCUGGAGGCCCAGUUGAUUGCAAAUAAAGAUAAGGGCUCCGGGUCCAAGUAA